UAUCCCAAAUGUAACUGGAUUAGAGUUCAUAUCACCUUAUUUCAGUAAUUAUGGAACCGGGGAAAACAGUAAAAUAAUUCUUAGAUGUAAAGUCAAGACUUAUGCAGAACCUUAUUUCGAGUGGAUGAGAAUCGAUAAUACAACAUCUGCAAAAAUCAAAAUAAAUGACACCGAUGAUGGACGAUAUUUGAUCCACACAAAGAAAGUGGGAGGUAGACGAUACAUAAGUAAACUUGUUAUACGAAAUACGAUAGCAUCAGACUCAGGAACUAUUAGUUGCAGUGUCAGAAGACUAACUACUAUCAUAGAAAGACAAUUCAAAGUUCAAAUUCAUGAAUCAGGAUUGAACCCGACAAGAAUAGAGUCAUAUACACACGUAGGAGAGGGAGUAGUGGAAAUUCUCCAACGAAACAAAUGGAAUCGUUUUACUUGCUGGGGCUUCACUGCAGUAGAGGCAUCUGUUGUGUGCCAUUCACUUGGAUAUCCACAUGGAGGAGAAGCACGCACUCAAUCUGAUGAAAACCGUGUUUUUUAUCUACAUUAUAAGAAAAGAAGAAAUAAAAAAAGAAUGUGUAUAUUUGGAAUCCACUGUUUGCUAAAGGAUACAGAUAUCAGCCAGUGUUACAAGCAAAAGAAUGAUGAAUGUGAUAUUGACCUUGUGGUUGGAGUCACUUGCAGGUUACAACCUUUGGAAGUUCCAGAUGUGCCUGUUCGUUUGGUGAUACCAGGUUUCGAGGUCCAGAAUUCAAGAGAAGGUGUUGUUGAAGUUUUCUUGAAUGGUGUCUGGGGCUUUGUAUGCCAUGACGGAAUCGGACAGUUCGAAGUUGAUGCUCUUUGCCAAACCCUUGGGUUUAGGAAUGGUGGUAUUAGUUAUCAAAGACAAGCUAUUUACAAAUUUACAUUGUUUGACUUAUCACGAGCAGUUUUGCAAAACUUGUCGUGCCCAGAGAACGCCUCAAAUUAUAAUGAAUGUAGUCAUCUGGAGUGGGGAGAAGGCUGCAGAUCCUGUCAAUGUGAUAGUUAGGGUACUAAUUUGGUCAUUAGAUGUUGGACAAAGGCUGAAAUAAAUAAGUCAGGAUCAGGAGUACGUGUCCGUUUAGCAGCAUCGAACAUAGAACACGAAGGACGAGUCGAAAUAUUACAUAACAACAUUUGGGGAACUGUGACAAAACGGUGGCUUGGCUACCCGGGAGCAAAUAUGAUUUGCAAAAUGAUAGGAUAUAAGUAUGGAGGAGUGCCGAUAUUUGAUGCAAUACCGCACACGCCAGGGCCAGUGUGGAUAAAUUACAUACAGUGCCCACUAGAUGCAAAUGAUUUACUAGACUGCUACUUUGUAUGGAGAAAUCAGGAUAGAGUAGUUAUGGAUGGGGAUAUUAGUGUGAAGUGUAGGACAGAACCCGUUGAAGUCCCAGAUGUAAAGUUCAGACUCAUAGGACCUAGAAGUGACACCGGUAAAGGCAGACUGGAGUACUUUAGAGAUGGAUACUGGGGCUCUGUGUGUAGUUUUUAUAUGGGAACCUCUGAGGCAUCGUUGUUUUGUCACAUUCUAUGGUUUACUUAUGGUGGUCAUAUUUUGAUAAACAAAACGAAUUAUGGAAGGUCAGAUUUAGGACCAGUAUUAUUAGGCGGUAUAGAAUGCCCUUGGAAUUCAGAAGACCUGGACCAGUGUUCCGAACGUAUGUGGGCUUUCGAAGAUUUUAGAAAUGUCUGUUCUUUUCUUCACCAAUAUGAUGUAGAGUUAAAGUGUAGAUCAGACCCAUUCCCAGAUUAUGAAAUACAGUUAUUUGGAGGAAAUUCAAACAAUGAAGGACAGCUUCUUUUAAAAUAUCAUGACAAAUGGUCUACAGUAUACUACGAUCAUGGUUUUUCAGCAACAAAUGUAGCUGUUGUCUGCAAACAGUUGGGAUACAGACAUGGCGGAGAAAUGCACACUAAGCAAUCCGUGUAUGAAAAUAGUCGACGAAAGUGGUUAAUACUGGAAUGUAAUGGGAAAGAACAAAAUGUGGGACAUUGUAACACAGUGAGAGAAGAAGAUUAUCAUUAUAGUGAAAAUGCAGUAUUCAUAAAAUGCUAUGAAACCAGCGAUACCGAACUCCAAAUGACGGUCUCUUUAGAAAAUGAUGGAAAAGUUAUUGUCCAUCGACAGGGAGAAACUUGUAAAAUAUGCGCCUACGAUUGGGAAUGGGAUGAUGUAGGCGCUACCACUGUCUGUCGUAUGCUAAAUAAUAGUUUCAGCAAUGGAACUGCAACACACUUGCCAUAUGAAUUGUCUUCUCAAAAUGAUCCAGAAAUGGAGAAUAGUAUACAACUACUUUACUGUCCAAGAGGAGUUUCACAUCUAGGAGAUUGUUUCUACGGGCGUGAUCCCGACACCAGGGCUAGGUGGUUAGGUCCAUGGGGACCAGGUGAUUGCGCUAAUGACAAAUACGAAGUACUUCGUGCAGGUGUUAGAUGCAACAUUUGAAAUUUGAAAAAUAAGUUCAAUAAAAUAGAAAUAAUGUACAUCUUAACAAGAGGUAGAACAUGAAUCUAAAAUGUACCGUUAAAACAUCUUAUAUAAUUUUUAUGCA